AUCCUUUUUGUUUUGAUUUAGAUCUGCGCUCUCUCUUACUCAUUUUGUGAGAUUUCCUUCUUCCUGGCCAAUCUUUUCUUCUUCGCCAGGUUUCGUUCGCCAACGCCGUCUUUGUCGCCGGGUUUGUGUGAAUCGAGGGUCAUCUUCAUGCAUCGCAAGUUUGAUUUCGCAUGGUUUCAAGCCAAAUUUAUGAGGGAUCGUGAGCGACUUACAUGACCUACUAAGAUUCCGAAGUUGGUUUCCAUCUCCAAUCCAAGAUUCUUCAGUUUUGGUCAAGUUUGUGGCUUCGAUGCACUAUUCACGGAGGUUAUGACAUGGAGGAGAAAGAAACAAGGGCAUAUGAUCUUGUUGCUCUCAAGUAUUGGGGGUCUUCAACCCAUGUUAACUCUCCGGAAAACUACUAAAUAGAGCUUGAAGAAAUGAAGAACAUGACUGGACCAGAAUACGUAGCUCACCAGAGAAGGUAAUAAUUUCCCAUUCUUAAAGAUGAUGAUGAUAAUGUUGUUCUUUAUUGCUUUCCAAUUCAAUUCCUAUGUGUUUAAGGAAAAGCAGUGGAUUCUCUUGGUGUGCUUUGAUGUAUCGAGGGGUUACAUGGCUCUUUAUUUUCUUGAAGCUUUAAAUGUCAUUAUACUUCUGUAGGAAAUGUUAUGGAUUUUUGUCACUUAUGGUCCUUUCCUAUUUCUAAUUUAAUCCAGUUCAAAGAAUUAGCAUAAAUACUCUCUAAAGAUCUAAUUUUUCAAAAGUUACAAUUUGUGUUAUUUGAAAAUGAAACUUUUAAGUAUAAGUUCUCUCUAAAGAUCUGAUUUUUAGCUUGAAAUCCGAGUUCGACCGACCCAAUCAAGAGCUUUGCUGCUUUUGCCCUACACCUCUGAAAGGUUUUUUCGACACUAUGAUAAGCAUGAAACUUGAUGAAGAGCCCAAGUACUCUAAGUUAAUCUCUUUUUUUUGUUUUUGAAGUCGUUCACUUUCUUGAUCUCCUGUCGUUGGAAGAUCUAGAACAAUUGCAGCAACAUCAGCUGCUUUGCUGGAGGAGAUGGUGGUAAGUUGGCUACACCGGAGGGUAACCAUUGACUGUCUGAGCUGCUGCGGCAGCCGCCACUAUCGCAUGUUUUCCAUUGUUUUAGGAAAAAAAGAGUCUGACAAGGAUACGUGGGCUUGAAAAAAAGUACGCCUCACUCCCUUUUUAUACACCCGAUUCUGUUAGAAAUUAGUAUUCACUCAAUUCGGGGACUCACAAUCAAUGGGUACCUUGUUGGGUAUGCCUCAUUUAUUUCCUGUAUUGAAAAUCAGUAAUCUUAUUUUAUCAUGUUUAGUUGUUCCAUUUUAGUUUGGCUCUGACAAUCUGUGCAUGCUACUCUUUUAGAAUUUACUGAUAUAGUUAUACUAUUAUAGGAUCAUAGUCUUUUUUAUGUAUUGUGUUAACUUGGUUUAGACAGUUAAUUGCAACUAAACCUUAUGACAUCUACAUGACUACAAUGUUGCUGUUUGGUUGCUUUGAAUAGGACUGGGUUAUGGAACAAUGGGACAAAGGCUUUGAGAGGCCAUGUAAAGUACAAGAAGUCACUCUGCCUAUGAUACUCACUCUUCCACAUAACUCUGCCUUUGAUACUCACUCUUCCACAUACUCUGCCUGUGAUAGACAUUCUGCACAAAUUUUAUUUUGAUGUUGUAUCAUUAUCCAAAAUGUGUUGCCUUUUUAAAACCAUUGUAAUAUGUAUGCUGCAUUAAGUUGCUCCACUAAUAUUUAAGUAAAUGUUAAGUUAUUAUAUGAUAUUAAUAUUUUGAAUAUAUGAUUUAUUUUUGUUUUGUGAUUAAUAUUUUAUAUUUGAAAUAAAUGUUAAUUAUUAAUUAUGGGUGCUUAUGAUUUAGAGAGACAACAUAAAAUAACUGCGUUUGAAUAAACAAUUUGACCACUGUUCAACUUGAUAGUUUGAAUUAUCAAGCUAUUUGGCAACCUAAACUUGAUGGGGUAUUCACCUUGAGGGCUGUCAAGUUCUUUCUCCAACCAAGUGGGAUUCUAGGGGUCUGGUGCAAUAUGCUGCUGGUUAUAAAGGGGGUCUUUCAGUAAUGGAAAUUCUUAUACAAUGCUUAAUACAGAUCCUCCAAUGGUGUUUAGUUUCUGGAUUGAGAGUAUUUCAGUUUGAAUCUGACUCUGAUGUUCUUCUUCGCUUACUUAACCUUGCUGUGCCUAUUACUACUGUGGAGAAUAUGCUCGGGUUGGCCUUUCUGUUAAGUUUUUGUGAAUACUCUGUUCAAUUGAUUGAUAGUGAGCCUAAUAGAGUGGCAGGCUAUUUGGUUAAAUGGUGUUGUAACCAACUGCCAUCCCAGUUUUGAAAGCUUUACUAUAUUUGAUCUCCCUGUGGUUUGCCAACAACUUUGUCAACAAGAUAACCUAAGUAUGCCUAGCUUUUGUGCAUCUUCUUCAGUUUAGGCACUUUUGGGGGGUACUUGGAGGAAGUUUAGCAGUCCUAUCUUACUGGAGAUAUGGAGAACUUGGUUAUUGGGUGAGCUCAAUUUCCUUUUCCUAUCUGCUAGGGGAUAGUGUUUGCAUGUUUGAUGGAGUGGUUUAAGCCAUUACUGGUUCUACUGAGGCUAUGGAGAAUAUGGGUAUUAUAGGUGCGCU